UUUUACCUCUUCCAUAGGCUAUUUUAACCUCGCUUUCUUCUUCUAUAAAAAGAAUAUACUUUUACGAAACUUACGCCGCAAGCAGGGCAGCCAUAUGAUCUUUGUGUACUAAAUUAAGUAUGUCCUUUCCCCAAGGCAAGAAAAUCUAAUAUCGGCGCGGAUACCGUUGUGCUUUAUUCUGUUGAACAUCGUUUUUUGCCCUUUUAACGCUCCAUUGGUAUCAGUGAAAUGAACACUUUGUGCAAAGAUUAUCAAUUAACAGAAGAAAUUGGCAGAGGCAGGUUCGGCAGCAUUUGCCGCUGUGUAAAUACACAGACUGGAGAAGUUUUGGCGUGCAAAAUCAUACACAAAGCCGAUCUGCAAGACUCUCUGGAUAAGGAUUGCCUCUUCAAUGAGAUCGCCAUUCUGAAAUACUUGUGCGGCCAUCGUGGAAUAGUUGAGCUCCGUGACUUUCAUGAGAAUGAUGAGUGCCUCUGGCUGUUCAUGGAGCUCUGCUCCGGCGGAGAUCUUUUUGACAAAAUCGUGGAGAAGAAAAAAUUUAGGGAAAAAGAGGCGGCUGUGGUGAUGAAAAGUUUAAUGGAGACAAUCGGUUACUGUCACAGCAAGGGCGUCGCUCAUCGAGACCUCAAGCCGGAAAAUAUUCUGUUCGCUUCCAAUUCUUUCUCCAAUGACAUUAGGAUCGCCGAUUUUGGCCAGGCUGCUUCUUUUAAUCCAGGGGAAAAGAUGAGUGGAAUUGUAGGAACUCCGUAUUAUGUGGCGGCAGAAGUACUGCAAGGGAAGGACUACGAUGAAAAGGUGGAUAUCUGGAGCGCAGGGGUUAUUCUUUAUGUAAUGCUCAGCGGAAUUCCUCCCUUUAAUGGAGAUACGCCGCAGCAAAUAUUUGAGGCAGUUUUGCGCGAGAGACUACGCUUUCCGAACGAGCCAUGGCUCACAAUUUCACAUUCUGCAAAGGAUUUAAUUCGCCGCAUGCUCUGCAGAGACGUCCACAGAAGAUUGAGCGCAGAUGAGGUCUUAGGGCAUCGUUGGAUAGUGGACAACUGUUUGUAAGGGUUUAGACCUUAAAUUCAUUAAAAGGAGUGUUAUAAUACCUUGUCACAACUAAAUUGGAGAGAAUGUACCUUGCAAAUGGCUGCACAGGAAUUUACGUGGGCCUCUACUUCCAUCGGCAGAUGCAGUGUCACACAAAGGAAGGCGUCUAAGACAAAGGGCACGGCGCCUCACCUUGUU